AUGGACCCCCAACAGUGUGUGGCCCUCCCUACACAGCUACAUGGCAACAGUUUUGAAAUGAGCUCUGGACAAGUGCCAAAACCUGGCGUGGGAUGGGGUGAAGAGACAAGCGGAGAAAGAGGAGAAGGAGGCCAUGAUUUAGGACCUGAUCAACUGAACCUGACCUCUAAUGAUCCUUUCAGUUUCAGAUUGAACCCAUGUGCACUUUCUGAGCGCCCACCAGAGCCUGCAGUAUACUGCCAUGCCAAGGGCAAGCUGGACACUAAAAGCAGAGGAUGUAGUGUCACCAUCUGCCACUCAGGAGGCAUUUUCCCCUGGAUGAAUUCAAGAGGAAUUGGCUCAAAACAGUCAAGUUCAGCCAAGGGUGGUGUUGCAGCUGGUCCUGUAAGCAGAGGGCCUAGGAGAGAAAGGACAUCCUUCACUAACAGCCAGCUGCUGGAGCUAGAGAAGGAGUUCCAUUUCAAUCCUUACCUACGACGCCACCGGAGGCAGGAGAUGGCUGCUGGGUUGCAGCUCACCGACCGCCAGGUCAAGAUCUGGUUUCAGAACCGCAGGAUGAAGCUUAAGAAGGAGCAUAAGUAUGGAAGAGCAAGGGGUUCGUCCCAGGAUCCCCUUUGCAGCAAGCAAAUGCGGCUCCCAACAGCUAUCAGAACUCCCUUCUCCCCUUCAUUGGAAGUAACCUCCAUGGAUCCCGCUAUGUUCUCUCUAUUUGACACUGCCCACCCAUCCUGUCUCAACUACAUGCUUCCAUCUGUUUUGAAUACCCACUCCAUUUCAUGCGCAGAUACAGAAGGUCAUCAGCAAGUCAGCAUUUUAAACCGGCUCUGAGGGUCUAUAAAGGCUACCAUCUCAGGCAUUGACCUUCACCUAUUUAUAAAAGACCGGAGGAUGUAUGAACAGCAUCCCUGGGAAGGUAAUCCACUUAAUACAUCCGUUCAUGAAACAAUUUAUUUAAACUACAUAAGCAUAUCUUAAUUAAAGGAGAUCUGCAGCAAUAUUCUCUGUGUUAAUAGGCUAAGAAAAAGAAGGCUGAAGGUUUUUCGAAUUUGUGGUGGAAGGAGACUUUAUUGUAAUAAAUGGUAAUGUGCAGCACAUUGCAAAAGUAUCAGUAUGGCUGGAAUUGUUCUCACAUCUCUCACUAACCAUGAAUUGAUAUUUAAUUGAUCAAGAUUUUCUGUCAAAUACUAGUAGAAAGUAAUGUUGAAUUGUGUGCUUAAAGGGAAAGGAUACUUAGAUUUUUAAACAAACAAACAAAAAAAUUUGAAUGUAUUUACAUUUGUCUUUAAAAUUCAUAUCAUUAGUAAGUAGAGUCUGUGUGUUAGUUAAUCUGUGAGGGUUUUUAGAAAACAUCAGUGAGCAAAUGGCAUCAUACAAACCAUAGACAACAUCAGAGAGAUCAGAAAUAAGAGUAUGGAAAAACAUAUCAUACAUUUAAACAAUAUCCCUAGGUUUUAAAAUCCCUUUUAGCACUGUUUAUUACAUCAUCUCGAAAAAAAAAAAAAAAAAAAAAAAACAUAUCAUAUAUACAAACCUUUCAAGACAUGGGCAUUUGUCUACAUUUACAAAUUUGGCAAGGAGAUCAAUAAUUGGGAGAUUUAGAGUCGGGAAAUUCUGUCAACAUGAUAACUAUAAGGUCCAAAAAUCUACCCAUUGUGGAAGAAUAAUAAUAAGAAAGGAGCUGUUAAACUAAAUCCAGAAGAAAUUAUACUUUAGGUUUUACACAACACCUUAAUCACCAGCCACAAAAUACGGUAAUGGCAGCAUCAUGCAUUGGCAAGCCUGUCAGAGUAGAUGGGGAGAUAGAUGAAGUUAAGCAUCUUGUGACUUCAGCAGAAAUGGUGCUUGAGGUCACAAGCCUUGAUACUGUGGAGGAUGACCACCCUCGGCAUGCUCCAGAAUAAUAGACUGUACAACUCAAAGCCAUGUAUUAAUAAGUACCAGGCCGACCUUACAUUCACCCAGAGAACUGUUGCAAGAAAGAAAACUGGAAAUCGUAGACACUUGAACAUGAGCUGCAUUUGAAUGGGGGGAAUAAACAAACAUUUCAGAUAAAAGUGAGUCUGCGUAAAUAUUAACUCAGAGUUGCUUAAAUACUAAUGCAUUUGAAAUCUUUCAGCUUUAUGUUUCUAAAACAUUAGCAUAUUAUGCAUUUUUUUCCUUGUUACUUCUAUGUGAAACUUCUUUUCUUUAGUCUGGUCUGUCACAUAAAAGUAUCAUUGACAAAAUGUACAAUGGUGUUAUACUUUUGCAAAGCCCUGCAGCUGCAAAAAGUAAAUAGUGCAUAUUUUUAAUAUUUUUGCAUGAAGGAGAUUUUGAUCACCUAAUGAAUGUUUCUUUAUGUGUUGUUUUUUUACUGCAACAUUGUUGUUUGAAUAUCAUUAAGUGGUGGGCUUGUAGUUGUUUGUUUAUGUAAAGUGUUCAAAUGUGAAAUGAGGAAAGUAUUGUUUAAGUUUAAUUAUAUUUUUAUCUUUGUGAAGGUUGUUAUACAUGCAGUGAGUGUCCCCUAUUAUUUUUGAUGAAUGUUUUCAUGCUAAACAGGCUUAAUAAACACAUUUAUAAAAAUGUAA